GCCAUGCUGCUGCUCGCGUGCCUACUCGCCGCUGUGGCACCGGCGCGCUGCGCUGACUGUGUUAUCGACAACAUCACUCCCGACCUCUCCUGGGAAGCUACGCUUUUCAAAGACUUGAAAACGAAAUGCGCUUACACUCGAUAUAAAGCUCCUAGCUCCGAAAACGCUACCAUUGUUUCGCUGAAAUUCAUACUGAAGAACUUUUUCUUCGAUGCUGGAGAGGAAUCGUUAAGUAUUUACUCUUGGAUGUUCAUGGACUGGCUCGAUCCGCGGUUGACAUGGAAUCCGAAGGACUACGGCGGCAUUGAUAGAUCAAAAGUUUUCGCCUCGACUAUUUGGACUCCAAUGCUAAAACUACGUAACUCAAAAGACGCGUUCGAGGUUCCCUUCAGCUUCAUGAUGAACUCCGGGUGUCACGUCGGCAGCGAGGGAAGAGUCAUGUGCGUGAUGAGGAUCAUGCACGAGAUCGUCUGCGCUACCAAGCUCAGUGACUGGCCCUACGAUACGCAAACCUGUAGAUUCGAAUUCAGCAAAAAAGACGCUCUCGAAAAUAAAUUUUCCUUCACGUUCGGAGGGACGAGAGGCGUCAGAAUGUGGGGCGCGGAGUAUGGCCAGGGUUGGAAUAUCAUAGAAUACGAGCAAGGUGAAAACGACGCCAAGGCCGAUGCGCAGAUCUACUUUGUGUUGACGCUAGAACGGCAGGCGUGGGGACUGGGCGCACUGGCCGUGGUUCCGACGCAGGCGCUCAGCGCGCUCACGCUGGCGGUGGCGCUGCUGGACGCGAGCGGCCCCUCUCGGGCGCCGCUCACCGUGCUGAGCGAGCUUGGACACUUCACCGUCUUACAGAUUGUCAACUUCAGUAUUCCACAGCACAGUCGUGAUUCACCCACUAUUUUAAAAUACCUGCAGUGUUCGCUUUUCAUAACCACCGUGUCAAUUAUAGUGACAUUUGCUCUGAAUCAUCUGUCAAAGAGAUCGCGCGCUCCACCGAUGUGGGUCGCGCAGCUGAACGCGCGUGCUCUAGGUUCGCAACUGGGGCGCGUCUUGCAGCCGACGGCGCCGGCGCGGGACUCUGUCGCCGAGGCGGUGUCAAAGCGAUACCGACGCGAAUGGAUAGAUUUUGCCAGUUUGUGUAAUUGUAUUUUCUUCAUCAGUGUUGCAGUCACUUACUGCGUUUUGUACUUUACAUAUAUUCCUCAACCGCCAUCCCUUUUUUAAUUUAAUCUGUACAACAAAAUGUUGAUAAUAAUAUAUUAUACUUACUUAGUACAGUCCCCAA